GGGAGGACAUCACAAGGGUAAGGGCCCCUUAUUGAUGCGUAAGGGCGCCGGGUCCUCUAUCUCUUCACGACCGACUGGAGAAUUCUGUGCAAUCUGCACCAACCCCUCAGCAAAGGGCGCUAGCUGACGCUUCCACUCGGAGGAUGGAGCCCGCCCAUACAAAAGCGACUCCAAACCCCCUCGGAAUUCCACUAAGAACUGCAUGCAUUUAUUUUUAUAUUGCAGCCGCUGCUUCAACAUGUCAGAGCCAUGGUCCAUUUCACCAUCUCCAAGGGGUGCCGACAGUUAAUAUUAGCGACUAAAGGAUCAAUUUCAAACGUCCUUUGAUGCAUAUAAUAAUAAACAUACGAACACCCCCAGCUCUCGCAACUUUGUUUUUAGUCUUUUCUGCAAUAUCCCAAUAAUGCAAGCAUCUGUUGCGCAUUGCUCUGCUGUUUAUUUACCACAUGUGAGGAGAACGCCGAGUUGUCAGUGACUAUCGGGCAUUAGCACCAAAAAGGGACGUUGAAUAUCUCGGCAGCCUGAAGAAUCCCGUUCGCCGGGAAGCCCACCGCUCUUUGCUAUAACACCAGAGCUAUUCGUCACGGGGCUGGCCGUUUAGCCAGGUUCCCAGGUUCGAAAAUAGUCGAAACGUCGUCACGAGAACGAAGAUACUUGCAGAAGAACCACAAACAUAUCGAUUUGUUGCUUGCUCCCAAUAUCUGAAGCUUUUCCAUCAUCAAGCUGUUGCAGCAUCCCUAUUAAUAGUUCUCCCAACUCCACCUCAGACUGCCUGUUAAAUACACGCGUCACUGUCCAAAAUGCCGGGAUUAACGUCGAGGUUUAUCGAGCAUCUCGGUCCCGGAGAGCCACGCGCAUCCUCGGAAGCAGAUGUACGGCUCGAAGAGAUUCUUGCCGAGGAGUAUGGUCGUGUACACAGCUCCGGCUCGUCGACAAACUCUUCGGGCAAAGAGAGCAUGGACAAGGAGCGAUCAGAAGCCCGCAAGAAGAAAUCCACAUGGAAAAAGAAGAUCAAGAUCCCGCAAUUUGGGCGAUGAUUCAAUACUUCUUUGGUUAAUCAUAUUCGGCGACAAAGUUACGAUUAUGAAUGAGCGAUGCAUUUCUAACGAGCAAACCAACGACCACGAACUCCAUCUCUCAAAAUCCUUACAUGAUUCUUGCGCACAUAUUUUGACGCUAUUUCAUCACCUAGCACAUUUUAUGCACAGCAUCUCCUGUUUCCUUACACCCCAAUAACUUUAUGUCCAGAGCACGCAGCCUACCUUUUCUCUAUCUUUCCGUUGGCCAGCAGGUCAUGUUCUGAGCAUGUUGCGCCCUUUUUACCCGAUACCCUUAGAUCUGCAGCUCUUGUCUAUUUUCACUCUGUAUUUGUUUUUGCGAUGAUACCCCCUCUCCUUUAUGAUAUUCCUUCACGUGUCUAUCACCGUAAGCCCGGAAGCCGGUCCAAAAGUCCCCUGGAGUAAUGGCGUCAUAUAUUUGGUGGCUUCUUUACGUACGAUUUGGAACUGUUUUACUGGGCAGGUUUUGUUCUUUAGCAUAGUCCGCGCAGCUACGUACAAUUUCAGUUGGUUGAAAUUG